AUGGAGAAGAUUCUUAAAAGCUUUUCUAAAGAUGAAAUAGAGACGUAUGAUUCUAAAGAGUCUGUUUAUAAAAAAAGAAUCCCGUAUAAUAUACUGAAAGAGAAAUAUUUAAGUGUUUCAGAAGUUACAUCAAAAAUUACACAUGGCACAACGACAUUAUCAUUUCGUUUUUCAGAAGGGAUUAUAGUAGCAGUUGAUUCUAGAGCUACAGCAGGAAGCUGGAUUGCCAGUCAAACAGUUCAUAAAGUGAUUCAUAUUAACAAUCAUCUUUUAGGAACAAUGGCAGGUGGAGCAGCAGAUUGUCAGUUUUGGGAAACAGUAUUAUCUAUGGAAUGUCGUCUCUAUGAACUUAGAAACAAAACACAAAUUUCAGCAGAAGUAUCAUCUAAAAUCUUAGCUAAUAUUCUUUAUUCGUAUAAGGGUAUGGGUUUAUCAGUGGGAACUAUGAUUUGUGGAUUAGAUUCGAAGCGUGGAACUAGUAUAUUUUAUCUUGACAGUGAAGGUACACGACUUAAAGGAAAUCUUUUUUGUGUUGGAUCAGGUCAAACAUUUGCUUAUAGCAUUCUUGAUGCUGAAUAUCAUUGGAAUUUACAGAAAGAUCAAGCAAUCUACUUAGCAAAACGUGCUAUUCUUGCUUCAACACAUAGAGACUCUUAUUCCGGAGGAUUCAUUAAUAUUUAUUAUAUUAACGCAGAUGGCUAUGAAUUUUGUGGAGGAUUUGAUGUUGGGAAAUUAUUUUAUGAUACUAUUAAAACAGAUAAUUCUUUUCAACAUGUAAUUCAAGCAUCUACAUCUUAG